AUGAGACUGAGAAGAGCACUCCUUCGGAAGACCAAGCCCGACACGGAGAUCAACACGCCUGUGGGCGGCAUCGUCGCUUACUGGAGAUGGACUGCAAGGAGCGGCAAGAAGCGCGGCGGCUACAAGUUGGCACGACUCCUCGGGAGAGAUCCUAACGGCAAGGAGGACGUGGCCGCCCUGAGGGAUGCUUCGGACAACUUGCAGCAGAACAUUCUGGAGGAAGGAACCCUUCCUGAACCUCCAGAUGACGACUACGUGCACGAACCCGUGCCCGAGAUCCUUGUCCUCAACGGCAACCUGUCUACACGCCGGCAAGACGAAGGUCAAGAACGCCUACAGCCAAGCGGAGAACUACGGCACGUGAACUACUACCACCUACGUCAAGCGAACCUCAAGCACUACCGGAUCAGCAACCACUUCAACCACAACUCGAACCUCAAGCACUACCAGCAUCGAGCAGUGACUGAGAGCGCGGACAUUGGUGACCCACUACCAGCACCAUCGGAUGAGAACCUCAAGCCGGCCUACCAUCACGAUGACGGCGUGAUCCAAGCCCCACCUGGAUGGGAUGGUUCCAAUGAGAUCUAUAUGCCCAACAAUCCCAACCGUGCCUUCCUCGCCUACCAGCAGGAGAAGACCUACGUUGGCACUGGAGAGAGUGAGGAUGAAGAACCUGCUUGUGAAGACCUUCGAGAUGGGACACCAGGCUACCUCAAUGAGACCUUCCUCACCAGACAAGAGCAGAAGGCUUUGGACCGUGAGAUUCCCUGGCGAGACAUCGUCGACAAGGGCGGCAAGUACUUGGAGGCCUUCGUCAAGGCGGCCCAAGAAGAGGAGAAGAGCUGGAUGAGCUGGAACAGCGUGCGAGAAGUGGAACCAGAGCUCGCCCGCAAGAUCAUGGGAGAUCCCAGGAUGUCCAAGCGGAUCAUCAAGAGCCGGGCAGCAUACCGGGACAAGAAUAAGUCCCAAGGCGAACUGAAAGCCAAAUGCCGGGUCGUUGCCAUCGGAUGCUGUGACCCCGAUUUGCGGCAAUUGGCACUCCUGAGCAUCUACGCAUCUGGAGCCAACCAGAAGUUCAUGGGCCAGAAGGAGAGAUGGAUCCUGUGGUCAGGAGACGUCAAGACAGCAUUCUUGCAGGGAGUUCAAGAAGGGCGUCACCAACCUCUACUACUUCUACCACCACAGGACGGCAUCACCGCCAGAGCGUCCACAUUCCGUGGACUCCUGUACGAGAUCAAGGGCAACGUCUAUGGACUUGCAAAUGCUCCAAGGACCUGGGCACGAGAAGUGACGCGCAGGCUCCUUAACAGUGGCUUCAUCCGACACAGCCUCGACCACAUGGUCUUCUACAAGUUCGGCACGCUCAAGGGGCAGAAGCUACGGAAGUUGCUGUGCAUCGUCCUGGUGUAUGUUGACGACUUUCUCCUCACCGCCAACGAGCUCUACGACCGUGAAGAGGUCUUGGGCCUGUUUUCUUGGGGCUCUCAGACUCUUGCUAAGCUCAACGAGAGCUUCACCUUCAAGGGCAAGGAGAUAACCACCAUCGAGACCAAGGACGGCAUCUGCGUCAAGCUCAACCAACGCAAGUUCAUUGAGACCAUCACCUAUGGCAAGAUCAGCAAGCAAAGACUGCAGGGGCCGCCAGAACUUACCCCCGAGGAGAUUGCAGAGCACAGGUCAAAGUCCACCAUUCAGGACCUUCAGACGCUCUACGACACAGCCGACUUCCUCCACCGGAGCAAGGACGACGGCAUUGUCAUAGUGGGGCUCAAAUUGGAUGAGACGUCCAUCAUCGUCUCGUUCGCAGAUUCUUCAUGGGCCAAUGCAGAAGGACACGCAUCACAGCACGGAGCACUGACGCUGGUUUGCGAGCCUUCGAUCACCGAGCACAUCGGCCUUGGAACUAUGUUGGACUGGAAGUCCUCGCGCUCCACCCGGGUCUGCAGAAGUACGCUUGCCGCGGAAGCUAGUGCUGCAGACAUGUCAGUUGACAGAAGCUCGUACAUGAAUUUGGCAUUGUCCGAGCUGAUGCAGGACACCCCUUCCUUUCGUGUGUCCACCCCACUGCGCAUGAUCCAGAUCACAGAUUGCAAGAGCUUGUACGACUGCAUCGCUGCGGAGAACCCCAACACAGAAGACAAGCGGACCAUAGUGACUAUCCGCAGCACGCAGCAGUACAUCAACCGCGACAACAUCUACUGGGUGCCAACGAAGCUGCAAUGGGCUGACAGCUUGACCAAGAUCAGCCGCGUUUUGAUGGAGCAGUUCACUGAAUGGCUUCAGCGGCCGGCGCCCAGAGCCAUAGACUUUCAUUUGCAGAGGAAAACCAGGUGCAGCGCGCCAUGGAUGGAGACACUUCGCAUCGAGCGGCACAUGCCGAAGUAA